ACCAUCCAAAGUUCUCAACAAUCAAAGAAAGACUUUCGCCUAUCUAUGCCUCGCACACUAGUGAAGCAUUAACAACUCUUGCUUUCUCGUUCCUCUUUGUCCAGCUUUCUUCCUUUCUUGCUGCUAAAUACUUUCUAUUAGAUUUAACAUGGCAGAGUUGGUGGCUGGAGCGUUUCUCUCGUCUUUCCUUCAGGUGGCAUUUCAGAGAUUGGCUUCUCAUGACUUUGUUGAAUACUUUCGUCGCAGAAAGCUCAAUGAUAACUUGCUCAAAGAGUUGGAUAUCACCCUUAAUUCUGUGGGCAAAAUUGUUGAAGAUGCAGAGGAAAGGCAAUACAGAGACCAUCAUGUGAAGAAGUGGCUUGGCGAGCUCAAAGAUGAAGUCUUUAAGGCUCAAGACUUGCUGGACGACAUUGCUACUGAGGCAUCACAACAGAAGUUGGAUGCUGAAUCGCAAAGUUCUACUGGUAUCUGCAAGGUACGAGGCUUCUGUACUACUCUUGCUAGUCGAAAUCAUUUUGACAAAAAGAUAGAGUCAGAGUUAAAAGAACUGCUUAACAGCCUAAAGAAUCUUAUGAAGCAAAAUGAGAUAUUGGGAUUAAGAGAAGGGCCAUCUGCUAGUGAUCGAUCGGGAGUGAUCAACAGGAGAGUAUACAGAAGAUUGCCUUCAACACAUUUGAUAGAUGAAUCCGAUAUAUAUGGUAGAGAUGCUGAUAAAGAGAGGGUUGUAGAGAUUUUACUGUCACAGAACAUGGGAUGUAGGAAUCAAUUGCCUGUGGAUGUGAUUGCCGUCACUGGUAUGGGCGGGAUGGGUAAGACAACCCUUGCACGACUUGUUUAUGAAGAUCCAAGGAUGAAGGAUCAUUUUCAACAUAAAGCGUGGGUGUGUGUUUCUGAAGAAUUUGAUGUUGAUCACCUCACAAAAGCAAUUCUUGAGUCACUUGAUUGUCCAACUAAACAAGAUUUUCACGUAAAUCAGUCUAAACUAGAAGAGACAUUGAUGGGUAAGAAAUUCUUUCUCAUUCUUGAUGAUGUCUGGAAUGAGAAUUGUCAAAUUUGGAAUGUUUUCACAGCUCCUUUUAGACAAGUCGCACCACAGAGUAAGAUUCUUGUCACAACCCGUAAUAAAAUGGCAGCAAAAGUUAUGUAUCUUACUUCUACAUAUCCUUUGAAGCCAUUACAAGAUGGAGAUUGUUGGAAUUUAUUUGUGAAACAUGCAUUUAACAACCAAACCGAUGCUGUUGAUCCAGAUCUUGUACGGAUUGGUAAAGAAAUCAUAAAGAAAUGUGGAGGAUUGCCUUUAGCAAUAAAAGCACUGGGAAGUUUGUUGCGUAUAGAACUCUCUUUUCAACACUGGAAUAAGAUUUUGAAAAGUGAGCUUUGGGCAUUGUCAGAAGAUCAUUGCAAUAUUAUUCCAUCUUUAAGAUUAAGCUACCAUUAUCUACCCUCAAAUUUGAAACGUUGCUUUGCCUAUUGCUCCAUCUUUCCCAAAGAUUAUGACAUAGACAAGAAUGUCCUAAUCCAAUUGUGGAUGGCAGAUGGUUUAAUAUAUCUAACUCAGGGAAGUACGAGCCUUGAAGAAGCUGCUGAUGAAAUCUUCAAAGAUUUGGAGUCUAGGUCUUUUUUUGAGCCAUCGAAAAGAGGUGGCAAUUAUUUCAUCAUGCAUGAUCUUCUGAAUGAUCUAGCAAAAUCUGUGGCAGGAGAGUUUUUUGUGUUGCUCGAUGCUGCUCAAGCAGAAGAUAUGUCAACCAAGACUCGCUACCUUUCAUAUAUAAGAUACAAAAGUGAUAAUGUUGACAUUUUUGAGAAACUUUUAAAAUGCCACCAAUUACGUAGUUUCAUCCAAUUUGACACUCUUAGCAUUGGCGACGAUAUAAUGUCUAGGCUUUGUCGUCUCAAGUACAUACGACAAUUAUCUUUGAAGGGAUGUCGAAAUUUGAGAAGCUUGACAGAUGGCAUUGGCAAUUUAAAGCACCUGCAUUACUUGGAUAUUUCCUACAGUUCAAUUGGGAAAUUGCCAAAUUCAAUGUGCUUGUUAAUUAAUUUACAAACAUUGAAAUUAAGAAGUUGUGAUUACUUGACUGAGUUGCCAUCAAAUUUGUACAAACUCAUCAACUUGCGUCAUCUUGACUUAGAAGGCUGUGCCAUAAAGAAGAUGCCAAGCUGUAUGGGAAAGUUAAAUAAGCUCCGAACAAUGAAUAUGUUUGUGGCGGCAAAGAAAGGAGGACCAAAUAUAAAAGAGUUAGGUACCUUGAGCCACUUAACAGGCUCACUAACCAUCUCAAAUAUGGAGCAUGUAAGUGAUCCUACAGAUAUGAGGGAGGCCAAUUUGAAAGAAAAGAAAUUGGAUAAAUUGAUGUUGUUAUAUCGGGGACACAGUUGUAGUCGUGAAGAGGCACAGCUCCAGGAACACGUAUUGGAAGCAGUUGAGCCAAAUCAGAGUGUGAAAAAACUCACCAUUAAGGGAUACAGAGGUACCAAAUUUCCAAAGUGGCUUGGUGUUGAACAUUUUUUGCCUAAGUUAGUGUCUUUAUCUCUGUUAAGUGACGGGAACUGUGUCAGAUUAUUACCACCACUUGGGCAACUACCUUCCCUUCAGAAACUCACGAUUAAUGGAUUUGAUGGAAUAAAGGUGAUCAUAGGUAAAGAGUUCUAUGGGAAUGGCUCCUUAAUUGCUCAACCAUUUCCUUCCCUCUCAUAUUUAGAGUUUUCUAGCAUGGACGAAUGGGAAGAAUGGGAUAUAUGCUACGAAGGUCAAAGUUUCCCACGCCUUGAAGAACUUUGUAUAUAUAAUUGUCCUAGACUGACAAAGUCUCUGCCUCAACACCUUCCUUGUCUAAAAACACUAGACAUUUCGAGAUGUGAGAAUUUGGAGGCAACACUUCCCAAGUCCUCUUCCAUGAAGAAGCUGUCUUUAGAUAAAUGUGAGAAGAUAUCAGUAAAAGACAUGCCCACAUGGAGCAUCUCAGACGUGCUUCCACCUCUCUAUGACCUGUCUUUACGGCAUUGUCCAGCAAUAGAAUCUCUUCCCCAAGGAGGUAUGCUUUCCAGCCUACAAAGUCUUACAAUCAAAGGGUGUUCCAAGCUUAUUGCGUGUGGUAGGGAUUCAGGAACGGUGCCAAAAAUAAGAGCACAGGGGCAGUCAUGUGGGAAGAAUGAAGACUGCGUCAAGUUCUGUCCCAAGACAUGUGAUGUGCCCGGUUCAGUCAGCAGGUGCAAGGGUGGUUUCUGUGUCUGUUGUGAGGGACCUCCUCAUUUAAUUUGA